CCCGUAGCCGCCGCGGGUGCGCUUCGCUCCGCCAGCGCGGCUUUCCUUGCCGGCUGUGCCCCGCGCCCGCGCCCGCCCGGCUCCCUCUGGGCAGAGCUGCUGAGGCACAGGUGGAGCCCCAAAGUGCGCCCUGCCGAAGUCGGGCCGGAGUUCGGAGCCCGACCUUGCCGAGUGCUCUGUCGCCCGCCCACCCGGCCACAGGCGUCGGGGCAGUGGCAACAUGGCCUUCUCCCAGGUGCAGUGUCUGGACGACAACCACGUCAACUGGCGCUCCAGUGAGUCCAAGCCCGAGUUCUUCUACAGCGAGGAGCAGCGGCUGGCCCUGGAGGCCCUGGUGGCCCGCGGCAGGGAGGCUUUCUAUGAGGUGCUGAAUCGGGAGAACAUUCGGGACUUCCUGUCGGAACUGGAGCUCAGGCGCAUCCUGGAGACCAUUGAGGUGUAUGACCCAGGCUCCGAGGAUCCGAGGGGUGCCAGCCGGCCCCGGGGUCCUGAGGACAAUGGCGUUGGCGACAGCGAGGAGGCCAGCAGGGCGGGUGGGGACCCCACUGAGGCCGAGCCACUGCCCUCUCUGGAGUACUGGCCCCAGAAGUCGGACCGAUCCAUCCCCCAGCUGGACCUGGGCUGGCCUGACACCAUUGCCUACCGUGGUGUGACCCGGGCCAGUGUCUAUAUGCAGCCCCCCAUCGAUGGGCAGGCCCACAUCAAAGAGGUGGUGCGAAAGAUGAUCAGCCAGGCCCAGAAGGUGAUAGCCGUGGUCAUGGACAUGUUCACCGACGUGGACAUCUUCAAGGACCUGCUGGACGCCGGCUUCAAGAGGAAGGUGGCUGUGUACAUCAUCGUGGACGAGAGUAAUGUCAAGUACUUCCUGCACAUGUGUGAGCGGGCCCACAUGCACCUGGGGCACCUCAAGAAUCUCAGGGUGCGGAGCAGCGGGGGAACGGAGUUCUUCACACGGUCGGCCACCAAGUUCAAGGGUGCCCUGGCCCAGAAGUUCAUGUUCGUGGAUGGAGACCGGGCCAUCUGUGGCUCCUACAGCUUCACGUGGUCAGCCGCGAGGACAGACCGGAACGUGAUCUCCGUGCUGUCGGGCCAGGUGGUGGAGAUGUUCGACCGGCAGUUCCAGGAGCUGUACCUCAUGUCCCACGGCGUCAGCCUCAAGGACAUCCCCAUGGAGAAGGAGCCCGAGCCCGAGCCCAUCGUGCUGCCCUCCGUGGUGCCACUGGUGCCCUCGGGCACCGUAGCCAAGAAACUCGUCAACCCCAAGUACGCGCUGGUCAAGGCCAAGAGCGCCGACGAAAUCGCCAAGACGUCCUCCGAGAAGCAGGAGGUCAAGAAGCCCCCCGGACUGCGGGGCGCCACCCUGGCCGAGCGGCCCAGAAAUGUCCCGGAGGCGCCCCUGCCUGUCCACCCCGGCCUGCUCAACCUGGAGCGGGCCAACAUGUUUGAGUACCUGCCCACGUGGGUGGAGCCGGACCCGGAGCCCGGCAGUGACAUCCUGGGCUACAUCAAUAUCAUCGACCCCAACAUCUGGAACCCCCAGCCCAGCCAGAUGAACCGCAUCAAGAUCCGAGACAUGUCCCAAGCUAGCACCCAACUGUGGAAGCAGAGCCAGGACUGCAGCCCCGGCCCCGGGCCCAGUGCCCCCCAGGACGGGGGCCCAGCGGAGAACGGCCUUCCGCAGGGGGACCCCGAGCCACAGCCCCCCGUGCCCAAGCCCCGGACAGUCCCUGUGGCAGAGCUGCUCGCCCAGGACAGCGGCGGUGUUGACUGGGCCCUGGAGACCCCAGAAGAGGAGACGCCCCAGAAUGGGACAGAUGGAGCACCGCCCCGGACACCGGGCCCAGGCCACGCCCCGCUCCAGCGGCAGCUGUCUGUGACCCAGGAUGACCCUGACGGCCAGGGAGCGGUGAUCCCCAAUGGGCUAGAUGGGGAGGAGGAAGAAGAUGAUGAUGACUACGUGACCCUCAGUGACCAGGACAGCCUCUCGGGCAGCUCUGGCCAUGGCCCCGGCCCCCGGCGGCCCUCGGUGGCCUCCUCUUCUGUGUCAGACGAGUAUUUUGAGGUGAGGGGGCGCUCAGCCCCUCUCCAGAGGCACCACUCCGAGCAGAUAGCCAACGGGCCGGCCCAGCCCCCCCGCCGACAGCUGAGUGCCCCCCACGUGACCCACGGGACCUUUGGUGGACCCCUGGGUGGCUCGCCGUGGGCCCCGGGUCGGGAGAUAGGAGAGGCGGGUACUCCGAGGAGGACGCAGCCUCCGAAUUCCACGGACAAGGAGACACAGGGCCAGCCCACCGCCCACUAUAGGGUCCCUGCCUCAGGGACCAGGGAGAAAGAUGGCUUCCUGCGGCCGAUGAGGACCUCGGGACUCCCGCGGUACCGCCCUGCUGCUGGUGGCACCCAGAGCUCUGCCAGGAAAGCGGGCCCGGCCAUGGCAGGCCCAUACCCCUGGCAGGUCAAGGGGGGCCCCAUGUCCCGCACUCUGGCCGAUCCUGGGACCCCGAGGCCGGCCCGAAACGCCAGCCCCCAGGCCGAUGGCAGGCGCCCUGAAGAGCAGCCAAGUCCUUUCGGAAUCCCGUACUCCAAACUGUCCCAGUCGAAGCACCUGAAGGCCAGGACGGGCAGUGGCCAGUGGGCCUCCUCUGAUUCUAAACGGAGGGCUCAGGCCCCCCGGCACCGCAAGGACCCCUAGCACCCCGUCCCUGGGCCUGGAGCCGUGCGGUCCGUGGUCUCUGCCCCAGCCCAGACUCACCAAGCAGGUGUCCGCGGGGCUGUGCCAGGGACUGGCAGACGGGCCGCCCGGACCGUCCAGAGCCCGGCCCGGAAGGCAGGAAGGUGGGGUGGCCGGCGACGUUGACACUCACCUGGUCAGUGCACCAAUACCAGGUGGCCAUGAUGGUCAGACCAAAGGUCAUCCCGGUCCACGGGAGGUCCCCUGUGUAGGGGUCUCGGAACAUGUGCAUAGCGUCUGCCCGCGGCAGGUGGCAGGUCGUGUUGGCGAUGGUCCGGCGUGGGAUGGCCUGGGCAUAGGCAGCCGCCAGUUGCUCAUACCCACCGAUCUGGUCAAAAGCUGGAGAGGGCGGGGCAGGGACGGGUUGCUGGCUGGUGGCCCUGACUCAGGGCCCCCACUUCCCAGUGCAUCAAACUUGACUUUUUCCCAUUCACCUUUCCCAGUCUCUGGAAAGGUAUGGAGGGUAGAGGGUUUAAAAAGCAAGGGGGUGGGGGAUUCAAAUGACUGUUCUAUUUGUAUUUAAAAUAAGACUAUUAAAUGAGCAUUUUGCACGUGGACACCUACAGUGUCCCCUUGGGCCCUGGAUGCCUGUUGGCCUCGGGCGAGGAAUUCUCUGCCAGGCUUCAGAUUGUUGACUCAAGGGAGCAAAAGUACUUUUUCUUGGCAUUCGAGGACCUUCCCGAGGAGUCUAAAGUGUUAAAGCCCUGACCUGGGGCUUCUGAAGGAUGUGACUUCGGCAGAGCCGAGGAUGCCCGGCAGUCAUGUAGCACUGAGAACAGAACGAGUCCCAGAGGGGGCACGGGAGUGACCGAGGCCACGUGGCCAGCCGGCUGGGGCUCGGGCCAGAAGUCAUUUCCCUCCUUUCGCUCCCUCACUGUUCCCGUCUACCUCAGGGUUAGGGCCCUGUGUGGGCAAGCCCCGGCCCAUCUGUGGCUUCUGCUGUGUCCGCAGUCACUGCCCCCCCAUCCAGCCUGGGCCUGGCUGCCUGGCUCCCUCCCCUGCAGUGGGUUCCAGGGACGUGGGCCCCUGUCUGAAAGGAGGCAGACACACAGAAGUGUGCAUAUGGGGGACGCUCUGUCUCAUCUGCCUGCUCCUCGCCCCUCUGCCCUGCCUUUGCCAGGCUGGGAGCCUGCCGCCGGCACUCUGGCCCUGGCCUCUCUGCCGCCCCGAGCCCAGGCUGGGCCGAGUACUCAGAGCAAGUGUACGAACGCUAUUCAAAGGUCAGAAAUUGCCGGGCCACGGGAUCCUCCAGUCUGAGCCUCGGUUUACCCCUGUGGGAUCCUGCUGGCUCUGAUAGCCCCUAAUGGGGCCGCCCUCGGAGCUUCGUCUGGGUCCCCAGGCCAGGAUCACCGACGCAUCUCAACCCUCUCCCCUCCUCCCCGGCCCCGGCCUGCGGGCUGUUGCAGCGCUUCUGCCAUUAUGCACAGGAUUUUGAAUAAUUGGACCAGAGGCCCGGGCGGCUCUGUGGUCCGCUGAUGGUGCGCACACGUGCCCUCGGCCCUCCCUCUCCAUCAAGCCCCGAGCCAGCCCGGGGCGGGCCACACGCUCAGCUGGGCCGCCGUCGGGAGGCCGCCGCCGCUGGGGCUGCCGACUGCCGGUGGCUUGACCUCGUGAGCCCACCCCCCCCCAGUGCGGGCA